AUGGAUGCAGUUCUUCUGCGGAUGGCUGGCUUGGACGUACCCGCUAUCGACUUCUUCUCUGUAUCCCUCAGCGUUACACACCUUCAAGAUCAAUUCAAUAAGUUUACUCAUGAUAUUAUGACCGCAAUUAUCCCCACAUUGUUGUUCCGACCGCUGGGAGCGAUCGCUAUCGCAGGAAGUGGCCCCUCGUUUGUAACCUCGCUUGUCGCCGUCCUCGAGCUCGGCGCUGGAUUCGUGCAAAACUUCAAGCAAUUCCUCGCGCUCCAAUCCCUCUUCGGUGUUGGCAUGGGUGGAAUCUGGGGUCUACCAGCAUCCACAGCUCUAGAAAACCUGCUCGUCGAACUUCGCGGCGUCGGUGGUGGUUUCCUACUUGGGUUACGUGGUUGGAUACAUCAUCCCUGCUGUGAUCAAUCGAGGUGA